AUGAUACAUGGGCAAUUGGAAGAAAUAUCCAUGAUUAUAAUAACCAUUUUAUUAAGAUCAACAUUUCUAGUAAUCUGAUCAAUUAUAAUAGUUAGGGAACUAUUUAAAAAUAAGAAAGUUUUCAGGAAUCUUAUAUUUUGAUGAAUUUAAUAAUCUCAAUAAUGAAAUGAUAAUAGUUAGUAGGGGAGAGUAUUUGUCUUUAAUUAGGAGACUGCACAGAAGUAUAUGAUAAAUGCACAGAGGAACAUUGGAAAGAGUAAUUUAGCUUUUAUGAUGUAUAAAAAUAAAAAUAAUAAAGAGUAUAGGUUAGAUACUAAAUGCAAUAGUGUUUGGAGGAGCUUGCAGAUAAUUUGUGAAACCAAGAACUUAAUUAUAUGAAAGGGAUGGAACAUUAAAUUAUAGAGGAGAUUUAAAAAAUUCAUUAAGUAGAGUUGAAUGA